AAGAAAAAGCUCCCAGCUCUCCUCCUCCUGUGUCUGGUGGUGUGUUGGUGCUGCUGCAGCCUGCAGAGCUCAGUGCUCACAGAGAGAAGUGACAGUCACCAUCAGUCCAGUUCUCUGCUCCACACUCAGCAUGUCUGGUCCCGUUUAUCUGGUCACCGGAGGCUGCGGCUUCCUCGGCAGGCAUCUGCUGCGGGUUUUACUGGAGAAGGAGGAUGAACUGGCAGAGAUCCGGGUGUUUGACAAACACAUAGACUCGAGUUUAAACGAACUCAGCACAGAGCGAACAAAGGUGGUGGUCAUUCAGGGAGACAUCACAGACUACAGCAGUGUGUUGGAGGCGUCCCGCAGCGCCGAUGUCGUCAUCCACACAGCCAGCUUAGUGGACGUUUGGCACAAAGUCCCAGAGAGCCUCAUCGUCUCUGUCAACGUCACAGGGACGGAGAACGUGAUCAAGGCCUGUGUAGAGUGUGGCAUCCAGUGCCUGGUCUACACCAGCAGCAUGGAGGUGAUUGGCCCCAACGUCGACGGAGACGACUUCAUCAGGGGCAAUGAAGACACACCUUACAAAGUGAAACACAUUAUGGCCUAUCCCAAGAGCAAGGCAAAGGCCGAGAAAAUCGUGUUGGAAGCUAACGGCACAAAGGUGAAGGGUGGAAAGUGUUUAUACACGUGUUCUCUGAGGCCGACGGGGAUCUACGGCGAGGGCCACGAGCUAAUUAAAGACUUCUACAAGUUGGGUGUAAAUAGAGGAGGCAUGAUCGUCGGGGGGAUCCCAGAAGACUCUGAACAUGGACGGGUCUAUGCAGGCAACGUGGCCUGGAUGCAUGUACUCGCAGCCCGAGCCCUGAGAGAGCGCCCGCAGACAGUCGGAGGUGAAUCUUUCUUCUGCUACGAUGACUCACCCUACAAGAACUACGAGGACUUCAACAUGCUGUUCCUCUCCACAUUUAACUUCAGAAGAGUCCGCAUACCCUUUCCGGUGUUGUGGUUCCUGGCCAUGCUCAAUGAUGUGCUCCGCUGGAUACUGAGCCCCUUUCAUAACUACACACCGUUGCUGAACAGUUACACCUUCGCCGUGGUUUGCACCUCCUUCACUGUCAGCACAGACAAAGCCCUGCGCCACUUCCAGUACCGCCCUCUGUACGACUGGGACCAGUGUCGCGCCCGCACACAGAAAUGGGUCGACACAUUCUCUGUGGAUGACCCCAAAGCCUCCUGAUGUGACCUCAACUACAACACGCAUCAGAAGCUGCUAGGUAGACAUGCAGGACUCCGGAUAUACAGCGUAAAGGAAUAAUCAGCUAUUAAAAGCAAACUGUAUUCACAGUAUAAAAAGAUCUUUUCAUUGUUUUAUUUGUCUAGCGUUCUUAGCUUAGUCAUGAAGAAAACACAAUCAAAGAAUUUAUUCUGAUGAAGCACAUACUUUAAUAGCCUUGUUAUGAUUUAUUAUUAAAUUCCAUUGAAUUAAUUUUGUUGGUGUUUAGUUGGUACAAGGGAUCGUGCUUCUUGUUGAGAAUGUGCUGUAAUAUUCAGAUAUUAAACAUUUCUACAUCAGAGCUGUAACAUCAGCAUUUGUAAUUAUGUAAAUUAUGACAAAUGUAAACACAA